AGCUGACAAACCAAAGUUCGUCCCUCUCUUGGAAAUACUACACGGGAGCGCACAGGGAGCGCUUUGCUUUUGCAAACACCAGCAGAACACACUCAAACGCUUGCCCACCUCUGAAAGCGAGCGCCGCGACUCAGUGGAUUUGCAGGAAUUCAAAGUUGGAAAGUAUUUUGGGGAGGCGAAACGUUCAGUCGGGACUGCCGCGCGAAUUCUCUGAGAUUGUCCAUCUACAGUCUUCGCAUGAAUCUACUAGAUCCCUACCUGAAAAUGACAGAUGAGCAAGAGAAGUGUCUGUCUGAUGCCCCCAGUCCGAGCAUGUCCGAGGACUCCGCGGGCUCCCCGGGCUCCGGCUCGGGCUCCGACACGGAGAACACCCGCCCGGCCGAGAACAGCCUCGUGGCCCCGGACGGGACGCUCGGCGAGUUCAAGAAGGACGAAGACGACAAGUUCCCGGUGUGCAUCCGAGAGGCAGUGUCUCAGGUGUUGAAAGGGUACGACUGGACGCUGGUGCCCAUGCCAGUGAGAGUGAACGGCUCGAGCAAAAACAAGCCCCACGUGAAGAGACCGAUGAACGCGUUUAUGGUGUGGGCGCAAGCGGCGCGGAGGAAGCUGGCGGAUCAGUACCCGCACCUCCACAACGCGGAGCUCAGCAAAACUUUGGGCAAACUUUGGAGAUUGCUGAACGAGGGUGAAAAGCGUCCCUUCGUGGAGGAGGCUGAGCGCCUCAGGGUUCAGCACAAGAAAGAUCACCCCGACUACAAGUAUCAGCCCCGACGGAGGAAGUCGGUGAAGAACGGCCAGAGCGAGUCUGAGGACGGCAGUGAGCAGACUCACAUCUCCCCGAAUGCCAUCUUCAAAGCCCUGCAGCAAGCCGACUCGCCCGCAUCCAGCAUGGGAGAGGUGCACUCGCCCAGCGAGCACUCAGGCCAGUCCCAAGGGCCGCCCACUCCUCCCACCACCCCAAAAACUGACGCGCAGCCAGGCAAAGUGGAUCUGAAACGAGAGGCCCGUCCGCUUCAGGAAAGCACGGGACGUCCGCUCAACAUCGACUUCCGCGACGUGGACAUCGGCGAGCUCAGCAGCGACGUCAUCGAGACGUUCGACGUCAACGAGUUCGACCAGUACCUGCCGCCGAACGGCCACGCCACCGGUGCGUCCUACGUCGGCGGCUACGCCACCUGGAUGGGGAAGCCUCAGAACGGCAGCUCUCCGAGCGCCCAGCUGACUCCGCUCGGGACGGGCGGCGCCGGGGAGCAAGAGCAACCCAGAACGACGCACAUCAAAACCGAACAGCUCAGCCCCAGCCACUACAACGAGCAGCAGCAGGGCUCGCCGCAGCACGUCAGCUACGGCUCCUUCAACGUCCAGCACCUCCAGCACUACAGCACUUCGUUCCCGUCCAUCACCCGGGCGCAGUACGACUACUCUGACCACCAGGGCGGCGCCAACUCCUAUUACACCCACGCCGGAGGUCAGAGCUCCGGCUUGUACUCCACCUUCAGCUACAUGAGCUCCAGCCAGAGGCCCAUGUACACGCCCAUCGCUGACUCUACCGGGGUUCCUUCCAUUCCCCAAUCCAACCACAGUCCCCAGCAUUGGGACCAGCAGCCGGUCUACACGCAGCUGUCCAGACCCUGAGGACAGGCCGUCACACGCCCACCGUCACACGCAGAGACUGAUGGGACUCAUUCCGCAUCAUUCCACUCUCUUUAAAACACACACUUGAAUUCUCACAUACAUACACAAAACAAUGAAAUGUAGGAAAGAAAGCUGGACUUCAUGAAAAAAAAAAAAAAAAACGGCUCCCAACGUGCCUUUUUAAUCGCCUGAAAUCGUGAUUAGAAUUUAUAUAUUUUUAGCCUUGUUUGCAAGAAAAGAAACAUUUUUGAGAAAUGAUUCCUCUGUGAGGACUUAUUGAUUAUUGAUACUUUAAUAUGUACUGUGUAUGUUUUCUUAACAUGUUCUUUUUUUUGUAUUUCCGGCCUUCUGUGUUUCUUGUAGAAAAGUCUAUUUUUACUAAACCACUCUCGGUAGUCAUUCCUUGUUUUUCUCACAUCUUUUUUUUUUUUUUU